AUGCCGUACAUCACGCUCAGAGACGGAGCGGAGCUCUUCUACAAGGACUGGGGCAACCCCAAGGGCCCCGUCAUCACCUUCUCCCACGGCUGGCCGCUGAACAGCGACAACUUCGAGAGCCAGAUCGUCUUCUUCGCCGACCAGGGGUUCCGCGUCAUCGCGCACGACCGCCGCGGGCACGGGCGCUCGUCGCAGACGUGGGAGGGCAACAACAUGGAGACGUUCGUCGACGACCUCCAGGAGCUGUUCGAGAAGCUCAACGUCAAGGACGCCAUGAUGGUCGGGCACUCGCACGGCGGUGGCGAGGUGACGCGGUACCUGGGCAAGCACGGCACCAGCCGCGUCAAGAAGGCGGUGCUCAUCGGCGCCGUCCCGCCGCUGAUGCUCAAGUCGGGCGCCAACCCCGAGGGCACAGACAAGUCGGUGUUUGACUCGUUCCGCACGGCCAUGCACAAGGACCGCGCGCAGUUCUUCCUCGACGUGCCCAGCGGGCCCUUCUUCGGUUUCAACCGCCCCAGCGUGCAGAAGAGCGAGGGUCUUAUUCGGAGCUGGUGGCGCAUGGGCAUGCUCUCGAGCUUCAAGUCGACGUACGACAGCAUCAAGGACUUUUCCGAGACGGACUUCACCAACGACCUCAAGAGCAUCAACAUCCCCGUGCUGGUGCUCCACGGAGACGAUGACCAGGUCGUGCCGUUCAAGGCCGCCGGCGAGAAGUCGGCCAAGCUUCUCCCCAAGGGAACGCUCAAGGUGUAUCCCGGAGGGUCGCACGCCAUCCACAACCUGCAGAUUGACGAGGUUAACAAAGACCUGCUCGACUUUUACAAGUCUUGA